ACCCUUUCCUCUCUUCAUCUCUCUCUUACUCUGUGCCUGGGAGGACGUAUGCGGAUGGGGCAGAGUCGUGGCAUCUCCUGGAGCUGAACCAAACCGUCCCAGCGGAGGCGGUCGUCGGCGUGUUCCUCCCACCGAGGAUUCCAGCCGGCGCACGGCGGAGAAACCAGACGUCCAUCCCCCCCACCUACUCCGCUUCUGCGCCGUCGACCGGUAGAAAAACAGCGUGCCAGGUAUCAUGACGCACCAAAAAUACUGGCACACGUGUGAACUUCUCUCUCGGAGUGUGCCGUGCGCCCGCGUCGUUUGACUCGAGUUCCCAAAAGCCACACGAGAGUUUGUGCGUCAUCCAGCCCGGCUUGUCAUCUCAGCCUUUGGGGCUUCAUGUUGUUGUCACCACUGAUGAUGUAAUUAUUUCUUUCAGAUGGAUCUGCGCUCUGCUGCGUCGCACCUCUGAAACUGCGAACAGUGUGGAUGUGCGUCUCCAGCUUCGCAAACUUGGAUCGCUGCCUCUUUUUUUCGCGGGGAAUUAAAAAUUCCGGCUCCUCUCCAGCUCUGCAAACCUCUGUCACUGCUGACUAACGAUGUGGUGGAGGAUGCUGUGACACCACAUGGGGACUUUUUAACUAUUACGCUUCAACUUUUUCCUCCUCUCCGCGGAUGAAGAUUGAUUUAUGUGGAAGUGCGCGUCACAUCACAGGAUUACGCACACCAUUGAUUUGUCACACUGGGAGCGAGAUGGGAUUGUAAACUGCAGCAUGUGGAGGCUUUCCUAAGGACCUGAUCGCUGCUCUCCGUGGGUGUAUGGAGAAGAGCAGCCCGAAAAUGACGGGCGGAACCCGGGAGGCGCCGGUGAACAUCUCUCCGGCGGUGGCGGCCAACGCGGAGGGCGAAGAGAUCGAGGUUUUGGAAAGUACUGACGUCCUGCCUGUGGCUCCAGAGGAUCAAUGGAAGUCACUUUUUGACAAGUAUGACCCAGAGAAUUCAGGCUUCAUCAGCACAGAGCGGUUCAGGGACCUACUGGAGACCCACGGCUCUGAGCUUGACCCCCACAAACUGGAAAUUUUAUUGGCACUCGCAGAUGGCAACGCUGAUGGAAAGAUCUGCUACCAGGACUUUGUCAACCUGAUGAGCAAUAAGCGCUCCAACAGUUUCCGGAGGGCCAUUCUGCAGGGCAGCCGGCAGCUGAAAGGUUGCAGUCUCAGAGAUGAGGUGGGCUUGGGUUUGUCCCAGCGGUUGGUCCGCCACGUCGCCUACGAGACGCUGCCCCGAGAGGUCGACCGGAAGUGGUACUUUGACAGCUACACGUACUGUCCCCCUCCCUGGUUCAUCCUAGCUAUCACCAUCGCUGAGGUGGCUGUGUUCAUGUAUUAUGGGCUCCAGCUGGACCGCUUAGUCCUACAGGUGUCCAGCCCGUCCUUCCUGAAGAGUCCCCUGCCUUACCACCCCCAGCUGCGAGCCCAGGCUUGGAGGUACCUCAGCUACAUCUUCAUGCACACUGGGAUUGAACAUCUGAGCCUGAACAUGGCCAUGCAGCUGCUGGUUGGAGUCCCUCUAGAAAUGGUGCACGGUGCCCUAAGGAUCGGACUGGUCUACGUGUGCGGUGUGUUGGCAGGGUCCCUGGCGGUGUCUGUCACUGACAUGACAGCUCCAGUGGUCGGGUCGUCUGGGGGAGUUUACGCUCUGGUCUCAGCACAUCUGGCAAAUGUAGUAAUGCCAGCGGCGUCACUCAAGAAUUGGUCAGGAAUGAAGUGUCAGUUUAAGUUGUUCCGGAUGGCCAUGGCUCUGGUUUGCAUGAGUGUAGAGUUUGGUCGAGCGGUGUGGCUGCGGUUCUACCCUCCAGCCUUUCCUCCGUGCCCCAAUCCGAGCUUCGUAGCUCACCUGGGGGGAGUGGUGGUGGGCCUGACGCUGGGCGUGGUGGUGCUGCAAAACUACGAGCAGCGACUCCAGGAGCAGUCCCUGUUCUGGAUCUUUUUCUGUGUGUACACCUUGUUUGUACUUUGCGCUGUCUUCUGGAACAUUUUUGCUUACAGCCUGCUCGAUGUGCGACUGCCUCCGCCACCAUGAGUCGCUUAUUAGAAGUACACAGGACACUUUAUCCCCUUUAUUCCUCCACUGAUAGAUGCCUGACCACCUGGCUGGAUGAGUCACGUUGGCCCUCACUCUCUUGAGCCUCAUCUUGCGGUGAUCAGAGUCGACUGACAGCCACCUUCCUGCUACGUCCAGCGCUCUGAUGCUAGGAUAUCUGGCAUGCAGCAGCCCUCCUAUUAGUAUUUGUUGAGCCACGUGCUACAUUUGUGUGUUAAACCUUAUCAUUUUUCCCACUUGUCAUCUGUUGUUGAUGCCACUGCAUCGACAAAUGAGAAGCCUCAGAUCUGACGGAACAGAAACAAGCAGGAACUGACCUGUCCACGUGGCUCGAGCCUCUCUGCCUGUUCCUCCUCACUCCGACAGUGCCUACUCCUAGAGACUGAUGAAAGUAUUUCUGCACAGUUGCCUCUCACAUAGGGUGACAGAAGUGAAACCCUGCAUUUCCAGAUGAAAACAUUUCCUCAAAACCUCGUUAUCUGUGAAUGAACAAGGAGUUCAUGUGAGAAUUUAAGCUCAGUUGGAUGUUUUGUCAUCAGUACAAGCAGCUCAUGAGCAUCAGAGGUUCAGAUACAACAGGCAGCAGGAUAGUCGACCCUCUUUAAGUUUCACAACACAAAGAGAACAGGAAGCAAACGGGCUGCAAGCCCCCUUCAGAAGGUAUUAUGAAUUUGCGUUUUGAAGGACAGUGUGGGUUGCUAUUCAGUGUUGCCUUCAGCAUUUGUCACUUCCUCAGAGAAGGAUUAAUUUGUGCAGCACUGUUUGGAUCCUCAAACUUGUGUCUUGUUUGUGUGUGUGUAUGCAGGGAGUGCGACAAAUGUAUCAUUGUGUGUAGAGAUAAAAGUGAAGCAGAAGUGCCAUUCAGACUUUAAGCUUUUAAAAAAAAUGAUGCCAAAACAUUGCUACAAGCACUGACGGGGAGGAGCGCAACCUCUAACAAAUACUGCUUUAGUGUUCGCAAAAUUAACCUAAUUUUGUCCCAUUAGGAGUCGAUCGAAUGUAACAGAAAAUAUUCUCUAAAGUUAGAUCUUGUCAUUUUAUCCCUGCUGGGCAUUUGCAGCGAUUUCUUGUAAAGGUCAAACACUGCAAAGACGUUAAAGAAGUUUAUUUAUUGAUGGUGAGAUAGGGUUAGUAGGAUUAGACUAAUGAAAACGCUCACCAGUAGGGACAGCCAGGCCAUUCUGAAUAAAUCCCGUCUUUUUCUCUCAUUACCAAACAUAGAAGAGCACACAUGCCUGACCUCGACUACAUCUGGGCUGGGGUUGUUUCACUCUCGGUUCAGGAGGCGAUUGGACAAAGAAGCAAAUCAAUGCUCUCUCAUUAGUUCCUGUCUCAACUUAAUUUGUUAAUUGAUCGAACCGGGAUGGAAAGCCACCCCAGCCCCCAGCUGUAAGUCUCAAACUGUACUGUAUUUUAACCUCGUGUUACACUGGUAACUGCUUCGCACAGACAUUAAUAUAAUGUAAUUAAAUACAGAUUAAUAUUUUAACAUGCAUUUGCUGUUGAUUUUUUACAUGGUGAUAUUGGUAUGUUGCGUAAAUUGUUUGGUCAGUCUGCAUCGUGAUAUGUCAGCUAUAUCCUGUAUGUAUCCUAUUUAAAAACUGAUUAAUGAUGGCUUGGGAUUGUAUAUAAUAAGGGCUAUGACACACAACUGAGUGAGGGGUAAACCACUGAUAAUAAAUUAACAUUGUGCAUAUUUUGUAGAUUUGAUAUGUACAUACUGGGGUACAAUAAACAAUUUUAUACAGAAACAAAA